UCUAGGGCUUUUCCUUGCACACUGACAGUGUGCAGGCCAGGUAUUUUUGGUAUGAUCAGAUGGCCAUGCGUCGACUGCCAGAAAUGACAAUGAAAGCAAAAACUACAAGUUUCGAGUUAUCAUAGUCCAUCUGAAUUGCUGCACAUUGUAUUACUUACAGUACGUGCAUAGUCAGCUCAAGUCAUGGACGAGGAGGAUAGUCCCCGACAUGCUGAAGAAGCGGCACCACCUGGAGCUGCAGCUCGGGAAAAUUCAGUUUCCUCGAGUGAUUCUGAUGAUGAUUUGUUUGACAGAGAUGAAUUGGACAAUUUGGACAAUGAUAACGCUCACGAUGGUAUUCGAGUGGAGAUUGCUGAACAAGAGAUACCGGUGCCAGAAGAUGCUGAUCCAGAGGCAAGGCGUCGUGGACCGCGCAUUGAGCUGCAAAUUCAAAUCCAGCUGCAGACGCCAAAUCGACCAAAUCCAGCUGCAGUCGAGUUUGACCGUAGUUUGCCCACUCAGCAUUCAUAUCUAGGAGAGAACUUCUCCCGUGUAACCGGCGGUAGAGUGUACGAACCAGGUCAUGUGUGCAGUCUUCCAUUGCAUCAAUGUAAAGCACAGCUAAUGCCGGGACGUAAGCUGCCCUUCAUGUGCGAUUCUCCCCGCCAGCAGGCCAUGGUCAGGCACCUGACGUCGGGCAACGACUCGAUGUUCGCCGUGCUGUGUACGCAGAGCACGCGACGAGGUCAGAGUCGUGCCACGUCGGGUCUGGCCCACGGUGCUGCUGCUGCCGCCGCCACUGCUGCUGCUGCUGCUGGUGGUGAGCAGCCUCCGGGAGUGGGCGACAUCGGCUGUACGGCCGAGCUGAUGUCGUACAGUACGGACGAGUGCACAGACGACAUACGUGUUAUCUGCAAGGGCUUGCAGCGCUUCCAGGUGCGGAAGCUCAUACCGCAGAUCACCGGCCUGAUGCUCGCCGAGGUGAUGAUCCUACCGGACGUGGAGCCACCAGCGUACCCGCAUCACUUGCUGGCGGCGCGCCCGCAGGUCUUUGUCCGCUCACCGUUCAAGCCGGCGCCGUCGAAACACACGCCCAAGCCGCCGCCGCAGCCGGCACUGCCCGACCUCCCGCAUCGCCGCUCUCCGCAGCGGUCGCGUAACAUCACGGAGCGUGUUGCCGAGGCAAUGUACCGGGCACUGGGCAUGGCAGCCAGUCAGACAGCACGGAGGAUUGCCGCAGAGGAGCGAGCAGCACGAGUAUCAGAUGCCGACAAUUCCACUAGUACCGAUGCCGCCGCUGCUCCUGGUGGCGAAGCCGGCGGUGAUAGCCGUAUGGAUGCAGAAGAGAAACGGCACAGCUCGGUGCAAUGCACGAUGCCCAAGCACUGCGGGCUGCUGUGCUCCGUGCCGCUGCGCGCCUUCCACGAGUGCAGCUACGAGCGCGUGGUGGAGCGCGUCUUCAAGGAGCUGCUGCCCUGGCGCUCCCGUAGCCACCUGUCGCGUCACGAGCUGGUGCCGUUCUCCUACUAUGUACUGGCUAGCAUGCCGCUGGACGAGCACACACAGCGAGAGCUGCUGGCCGUGGACUCUGCGCUCAUACGCCUGCAGCGUAUCCUCACGCUGAUGCUGAGCUGCAGGCACUAUUGCUGCUCGCAGUGUGGCCGGCGUAUCUGCCGACGCGACAAGGUGAUGAGCAUGUCGGACGAUGGCCCGUCGGCACUCUACGUCAACCAGAGCAACAUUGUGACGGAGAUGUUCACGGUGCGAGACACCAUUGCGUUUGCGUGCGCUCAGUUACGUCCGUCGUCCACCGACUUCUCCUGGUUUCCCGGCUACUCGUGGUGCUGCUCAAUCUGCAUAAGCUGCAGCAAUCACUUGGGCUGGAUCUUCGAGACCGACGAUCCGCAGGUAUCGCCGCAGCAGUUCUUUGGCCUGGUGCAGAGCAAGGUAGUGCCGGACUUUGCCACCGACCUGUAUCGUUCGGCGGCGGCCAGACAGAGUGCGUCGUCUCGGCAACACGGCCAAGGGUUUGGUGCAGGUCCACCACCACCGCCACCGCUGGCCCAGCAGGACAUGGCCAUGGAACAGCAAGCUGUGGCCAACAACGACGACGAUGAUGAUGAGUAGAUCGCGGGUAGAACAUGAACGAGUGAUUCCCCGCACUCGUUGCUGUGUAGGGCGCUAGUAGGUUAGGGAGCAGAGGUAGUGGUAGGGAUGGUGGUGCAGCUCGGUUGAUGGCUUCAACUAUCUUGCACGAGUGUGUGCUGUACGUUCUAUGCCGUCUCAUGUACGCUCCAUGCUGUCUCAUCAUGUGUCCGUGUCCGCGCACGUCUGUGAAGCCACUGCACGCGCUGCGAAGGAGAAAUCCCGCGCUCCUACUAACCUGAAUGGUGCCUGCAUGUGUAGCACACCAGUGUGCAGUUUCCUGGAAGUCUAUAAGUAUGCUGUUUCAUCUGAUGCACUGGCGGCCACUCCAUUAGCAUUGCUAGACUGAGCCGAGUACGGUGUGACCUCACCCCCGCCACCGUCCUCUUUGUUAAGGUUUGCGAGAGCAGCGUCAUCGUCUUCGUGAAUGUUGCAUGAUUCCACUCCGACUCCUGCCUGGACGGAUUUUAUUCCCGACAUCAGGACCCAGUGCUGUGUUAUCUAACCCAGCAACAAGGACCAGUCCAUAGUUUUUUUUUGUUUUUUUAUCAGCAGAUCUAUUCUCGUCUCUUCGUCAUGAUCAUGUUGUUGCGUACCCAUGCGUAAGCACGUGCAGUCUUAUUCUCCUCUUGUUCCUCCUUUCCAGCGUCGGAAGGAGAGCGUCCACUCUCGCACUGCUGCUGCUCUUGCUGUGUGCAUACACCUUGGCUUGGAGAAGGCCGACAGUCCUCGCACCAAGGUCCAAUUUUAACCAUCCCCCGGCCCCGUACCCCCCCCCCCCGACCCCCGUGUCUGCGUCGUCCCCUAUUGUGCUUUAUUAUGCGGCAGCAACGUCGUGUUUUACCCAUUUGUUGCCCAUUAGCAACGCCAGGCUUGUCACUGUCUCACUCUCCAGGCUAUGCCAGGCCAUGGCAGGAGUCGUAACGACAUUUUAUUUUUUGUACAUGCGUUCCCCAUGCACGUAACCAUGACGAAUACUCCCGUACGCCACAAAAGUCCAAUAUUUUCUUCUUUACUCAAACGCAGCGCAUGCCGCCAAGGCAGCAACUGUCAUUGAUUGUCCAUUUUAUGAGCCGAUCAUCCUAGAAUAAAGCCCUCCGUAAUGCUGA